AUGAAAGCGAUUUACGCCUUCCCGGCGACACUCGCCCUCGUCUACCGAGCUUGGUCGCACCAAUCCCUGACCCCCGCAGGCAUUGUCGCCGCCGUUAUUACAGCUAUCGCCCACGCGUACCACCCGUGGAACCUGCCAUUCGCGCUGCUUUGCACUUUCUUCCUCGCUGGAACAAGAGCAACAAAGGUCAAACACGAUGUCAAGGCACAAAUGACGAUGGCCUCGCGCGGCACAUCAGGAGGCGAAGGAGCACGCACCCACGUCCAAGUCUUCGCCAACUCGCUCAUGGCCUCAUGUCUCUCCCUCCUGCACGCCUACCAACUUAACAAGCGCAAGGACGCAAUCCUCGACACCACGACACCGAACCCCUCGGGCACACUCUGCUUCUCCUGGGGCGGCGACCUCCUCGUGAUCGGCAUCAUCGCAAACUACGCCGCUGUCGCCGCCGACACCUUCAGCUCCGAGCUAGGAAUCCUGGCCAAGGGCGAGCCCCGCCUCAUCACGUCCCCGACCCUGCGCAAGGUCCCGCGCGGCACAAACGGAGGCGUGACGCCCCUCGGCAUCGCUGCCGGCGCCCUCGGCUCCAUGAUAAUCGUCACGGCCUCCAUGGUCUUCCUCCCCCUUUGCGGUGACGACAGCGCCGGCAAAGUCGGCGGCGGCCUCGGCGCCUGGACCACGCAGCAGCGCUCGACCUUUAUGCUGGGCAUGACCCUAUGGGGUGUCCUGGGAAGUCUGCUCGACAGCGUGCUAGGCGCCGUCUUUCAGCGCUCCGUGCGAGAUGUGCGGACCGGCAAGAUCGUCGAGGGCGAGGGCGGCGCAAAGGUUCUCAUCGCCAGCGAUCCGGCCGACCACGCUGACAAGAACCAGAAGCGCGCCACCGUCAAGGCCGCGGCGCUCCACGGGGAGGGCAAGGGCGCUGUUGAGAAGAUGGCGGAGAACGCUGACGUCAACGCUCUCGAGACGAGCGAUGCGAAGAAGAGGUAUGCUCCCGAGGAGAAGCAUCGCAAGCCUACCGUGGGCGACGCCAAACCCUCGCGGGUUGUGGAGACUGGGUGGGACUUGCUGGAUAACAAUGACGUGAACUUCCUGAUGGCGUUCACCAUGAGCAUCGGCGCCAUGGGCGUGGCGAGCUGGUACUGGGGUAUUCCUAUCGAGACGAUACUCGACCUGUAG